CUUUUAGGUUACCUAGGGUGAAACAAAAUUACAGGCUUGGAGACUCUGGAAAACCUCAGCAUCAGCAUUUGAGAGCCGAAGCUUGCAAAUUAUGUGAUUAAUCUACAAGCUGAUAUCAUGAUGUCAAAAUGCAGUUCGGGAAGCAUAAACACAGAGACUACGGAAAUUAAAACGGCUGUGCUGGAACAAAAAUGCAAUGAAAGAAACACUGGAUGAAUGAAUGAAAAGCCCUGCUUUGCAAUCCCUCAGCAUGGCGGGACUGCAGCUCAUGACCCCUGCUUCCUCCCCAAUGGGUCCAUUUUUUGGACUACCAUGGCAACAAGAAGCAAUUCAUGAUAACAUUUACACGCCAAGAAAAUAUCAGGUUGAACUGCUUGAAGCAGCUUUGGAUCAUAAUACAAUAGUCUGCUUAAACACUGGCUCAGGGAAGACUUUUAUUGCAGUACUACUCACUAAAGAGCUGUCCUAUCAGAUCAGGGGAGAUUUCAAUAAAAAUGGAAAAAGAACUGUGUUCUUGGUCAACUCAGCAAAUCAAGUUGCUCAACAAGUGUCAGCUGUCAGGACACAUUCAGAUCUUAAAGUGGGAGAGUAUUCAAGUUUAGAGACAACUGAAUCAUGGACAAAAGAGAAGUGGAGUCAGGAAUUCUCUAAGCAUCAGGUUCUGGUUAUGACAUGUCAUGUUGCUUUGACUGUUUUGAGAAAUGAGUAUUUAUCCCUGUCAAAUAUUAAUCUUCUGGUGUUUGAUGAGUGCCAUCUUGCAAUCCAGGAUCACCCAUACCGUGAAAUUAUGAAGAUCUGUGAGGAUUAUCCAUUAUGUCCUCGAAUCUUGGGAUUAACAGCUUCCAUUUUAAAUGGUAAAUGUGAUCCUGCUGAGUUAGAGGAGAAGAUCCAGAAACUGGAGAAAAUUUUAAAGAGCAAUGCUGAAACUGCAACUGAUUUGGUGGUCUUAGACAGAUAUACUUCUCAGCCAUGUGAGAUUGUUGUAGACUGUGGACCAUAUACUGACAAAAGUGGGUUGUAUGGAAGAUUAUUAAAGGAAUUGGAUGAAGCGCUUACUUUUCUAAAUGACUGCAACAUAUCUGUACAUUCAAAAGAAAGAGAUUCUACAUUAAUUUCUAAGCAGAUAUUGUCAGACUGUCGAGCUGUGUUGGUUGUUCUGGGACCCUGGUGUGCGGAUAAGGUAGCUGGGAUGAUGGUGAGAGAGCUACAGAAGUAUAUCAAACACGAACAAGAGGAGCUGCACAGGAAAUUUUUAUUGUUUACAGACACUUUCCUAAGGAAAAUACAUGCACUCUGUGAAGAGCACUUCUCGCCUGCCUCACUUGACCUGAAAUUUGUAACCCCAAAAGUAAUAAAGCUGCUUGAAAUCUUGCGCAAAUAUAAACCAUACGAACGGCAGCAGUUUGAAAGUGUUGAAUGGUAUAACAAUAGGAAUCAGGAUAAUUACGUAUCUUGGAGUGAUUCUGAAGAUGAUGAUGAGGAUGAAGAAAUUGAGGAGAAAGAGAAGCCAGAGACUAAUUUCCCAUCUCCCUUUACUAAUAUUUUAUGUGGAAUUAUUUUUGUGGAAAGAAGAUACACAGCAGUUGUUCUAAAUAGGUUGAUAAAAGAAGCUGGCAAGCAAGAUCCAGAACUGGCUUACAUCAGUAGCAAUUUUAUAACUGGACAUGGCAUUGGCAAGAACCAGCCUCGUAACAAGCAGAUGGAAGUAGAAUUCAGAAAACAGGAAGAGGUUCUUAGAAAAUUUCGUGCACAUGAGACCAAUCUACUUAUUGCUACUAGUAUUGUAGAAGAGGGUGUUGACAUACCAAAGUGCAACUUGGUGGUGCGUUUUGAUUUGCCCACAGAAUACCGUUCCUAUGUGCAGUCAAAAGGAAGAGCUAGAGCACCAAUUUCCAAUUACAUCAUGUUGGCAGAUACAGACAAAAUCAAAAGUUUUGAAGAAGAUCUCAAGACAUACAAAGCAAUUGAGAAGAUCCUGAGAAACAAAUGCUCAAAAUCUGUCGAUACCAACGAAACCGAAACUGAACCCAUUGUUGAUGAUGAUGAUGUAUUUCCACCCUAUGUGUUGAGGCCAGAUGAGAACAGUCCAAGAGUUACUAUUAACACUGCUAUUGGACACAUAAAUAGGUACUGCGCUAGAUUACCAAGUGAUCCAUUUACACACCUAGCUCCCAAGUGUAAAACCCGAGAACUACCUGAUCAUACGUUUUACUCUACUCUCUACCUGCCAAUCAACUCACCUCUUCGAGCUUCAAUUGUUGGUCCUCCAAUGAGUUGUGCAAGACUGGCUGAGAGAGUUGUAGCUCUUAUUUGCUGUGAAAAACUGCACAAAAUUGGUGAACUGGAUGAUCAUUUGAUGCCAGUUGGUAAAGAAACGGUUAAAUAUGAGGAGGAACUUGAUUUACAUGAUGAAGAAGAAACCAGUGUUCCAGGAAGGCCAGGCUCUACAAAACGAAGACAGUGCUAUCCUAAAGCUAUUCCAGAGUGUUUAAGGGACAGUUAUCCCAAACCUGAUCAGCCCUGUUACCUGUAUGUAAUAGGAAUGGUGUUAACGACUCCUCUACCCGAUGAGCUCAACUUCAGAAGACGAAAGCUAUAUCCUCCUGAGGAUACAACAAGAUGUUUUGGCAUAUUGACAGCCAAACCUAUACCUCAGGUAAUGAAUCUAGCUCAUUUCCUUACUCUACAUGCCUUAGAACCUGUCAUUUUCCAC